AUGGCUCUUGGAGGCAUAAGCGGCAUUGUAGCAUCACUGUUCACCCACCGGGACCACGGGUUGAAUGCUGAACAUAGAGCGCGUGAAGAUUCCCACCAGAUUGAACCGACUCUUACGGAUCGAAGGAAGGGUUUUGGCGUUAAUAUUCUCCCGCAGAAACAGAGCAAGAGCUUUCUUGAACUGGUAUACAAAGGGUUCGAUGAUCAUGUGUUAAUUUUGCUCUCAGUGGUCGCGGCUAUCUCACUCGCUCUGGGCUUGUAUCAGGCUUUUGGCCCUUCACACAACCCCGACGAACCGCGGGUUGAGUGGGUGGAAGGAGUAACUAUUUUAAUUGCAGUUGCUAUCGUGGUCGUGGUUGCAGCUUUAAGUGACCUGCGCAAGGAAAGGCAGUUUGCAGAGCUGAAUAGAAAGAAUUCCGAUCAUUUGGUGACUGCCGUACGAUCUGGUCGGCUGUGCCAGAUCUCGAAGGUCGAUGUUGUUGUGGGCGACGUCCUAUACAUCCAGCCCGGAGAUGUGCUUCCUGCCGAUGGAGUUGUGAUAACAGGGAACAACCUUCGAUGUGACGAGUCCUCUAUUUCCGGAGAAUCGGACCAGAAACGGAAAACUCAAGGCGAUAAGAUGGUACCCUUUGCGGAGUCAAACGCGUAUAGUGACCCCUUUCUGUUCGCGGGCACAACGGUCCUCGAGGGAGUCGGCACUUACCUGGUCACAAGUGUUGGUGUGCGCAGCACUUACGGUAAGCUUGUAAUGUCGCUGAUGGAAGAAGAGAUCAAGCCGACUCCAUUGCAAGUUAGAUUAACCAUCGUUGCAAAUCAGCUUGCGACUGCUGGCGUGACUAUUGCGAUCUUCCUUUUCGUCAUCCUUAUUACCAAGUAUUGGGUUGGAUUGGGCCGCGAACUAGAGACUCCCAUGCACCAAGGCCAACAUCUCCAACAGUUACUACGGAUCACCCUGGUAUCCAUCGCUGUUAUCGUGGUUGCUGUGCCCGAGGGGUUGCCGCUCGCCGUGACUCUGGCCCUGGCCUUUGCAGUCACCAGGAUGCUGAAAGACAACAAUCUAGUAAGAGUUUUUAGUUCUUGUGAAACAAUGGGCAAUGCGACUAGCUUGUGCUCGGAUAAGACCGGGACUCUUACCCAGAAUGAAAUGACUGUGACUGCGGGCGUGAUUGGGGCAAACUGCGAGUUCAAGGGACUCCCAACAGAUGUCCAUUCAAGUCCGGACGUCCCUAACGCUUCGUUCAGCAAUAGAAUAUUCUCUGGCAUAUGUGAAGAGAUUCAAGACCUGGUAUCUCAAUCGAUCGUCAUCAAUUCAACAGCCUUUGAAGAAGAGAGAGGCACAGACAGAGCGUUUGUUGGCUCUAGGACUGAAAGCGCUCUACUUAUAUUUGCACUCAGAAGGCUCGGGGUUGGAUCCAUCACCUCAGAGCGAAGACGCGUCCCAGUGAUCCGAGCCGCGCCAUUUGACUCUUCCAAAAAGUAUAUGGCAACGGUAGUAGACCUUGGAGGCACGUAUCGAAUGUACGUGAAAGGUGCCCCUGAGGUGUUGUUAGCCAGAAGUAUUCAAACGCUGGAAGACGUGUAUCAAGCAACCUUUAACACCCCCGUGAUGGAUUCCAAUAUGAUGGCCUACUGGAAUGGUAUUAUGGACAAAUACGCCAGUCAAUCCUUACGAAUGAUCGCGUUGGCAUAUCGAGACUUUCACACUUGGCCUCCCCAAGACGCAUUAUCAAACGAGAGCCCUUCUUGUGAGGCCCCGUUUGACCAUUUGGUGGAGGACAUGACAUUCAUCGGAGUACUUGGCCUCCAAGACCCCGUGCGUCCAGGGGUACCCGAGGCGAUUAUAAGAUGUCAACAUGCCGGAGUAACAGUGCGAAUGGUCACAGGCGACAGUGUGGGGACUGCCACGGCCGUGGCCCAGCAAUGCGGCAUCCUGCAGUCAAAUAGUCUGGUUCUAGAGGGAUCCGUGUUUCGAUCUUUAUCAAGAGCGCAGAUCUAUACAGUCAUUCCACGACUUCAUGUUCUUGCUAGGUCCAACCCAGCGGAUAAACUAAUGCUAGUGAAAUACCUCAGAGAGCUAGGUGAGAUUGUUGCUGUUACUGGCGACGGAACCAACGACGGACCAGCUCUCCAGUCUGCCGAUGUGGGCUUCGCCAUGGGAAUAGCUGGCACGCAAAUUGCGAGACAGGCGUCAUCCAUCGUUUUGAUAGACGAUGACUUUACUGCCAUUGUCAAGGCCAUCCAAUGGGGGAGGUCCAUCAAUGACUCCGUGAAGAAAUUCCUGCAGUUUCAAGUGACUGUUAGUAUCACCGCGGUUGUCCUUACAGUCGUGUCUGCGAUCAUAAGUAAGACAGAGGAAUCUAUCUUGACCCCUGUGCAACUACUGUGGGUGAAUUUGAUCAUGGACACAUUUGCUGCUCUGGCCUUAGCCACGGACCCUCCGUCUGCAUCCCUACUUGACGCGAAGCCAGAACCACGCUCUGCACCUUUAAUCAGUGUGGAAAUGUGGAAAAUGAUUAUUGGACAAUCACUGUACCAGAUAAUCGUGGUUCUUCUCUUCAAUUUCGCGGGUGAUAGGUUUUUAUACCGCAUUGGACCAGAAGAAAGCUUCAAAACAUUGGUUUUCAAUAUAUUUGUCUGGAUGCAAUUUUUCAAUCUGUUCAACUGUCGUUGCCUUGGUACCAAACUCGAUAUUUUCCAGGGCAUUCUCCGGAAUCGAUAUUUCCUGGUGAUUGACUCUGUGAUAAUCAUCGGGCAGAUCCUAAUAAUAUGCUUUGGGGGAGAUGCCCUCUCUGUGGUCCGCCUAAGUAGCCUUCAAUGGCUCGUAUCUAUUGCCUUGGGAGCGUUUUCCUUGGUUAUUGGCACAUUAGUUCGCUUGAUACCCAACCAACUUAUUCUCAGCACUUCAAGACGUUGGCAAUAUACUAGAUUAGCCUGA